AGUGUCUCGGGAACACUGUAGGUGACGAAUAUAAGGAUGCGAGAGCUCCUCCCUCCUCCGAGCAAUCCUACCCACAAAAGCGCGGAGGGAGGGAAGAGAAAGAGAAAGAUGACAUCGAGGGAGCAAAAGAAAGGGGUUCUGCAUGAGAGGCUGCAGCUUCUUCGUUCUGUUACCAACUCUAGCGCGCCAAGCAAAGCAUCUAUUAUAGUAGAUGCGUUGAAAUAUAUUGAAGAGUUGAAGCAAAACAUCGAAGCAUGCAAGCGAGAUCUCGCGGAAGAAAGCUGCUUGCCCAUGGUUACUGUCGAAACCCUAGAAAAGGGUUUCUUAAUCAAUGUAUUCUGUGAUAAGAACUGCCCGGGAUUGCUUGUCUCCGUUCUCGAGGCAUUCGAGGCACUUGGACUUGAGGUGUUGGAUGCUAGCAUCUCCUGCACUGACUCAUUUCGUCUUGAAGCUGUGGGAGGAGAACCGCAAAAUGAAAGCGUGGAUGCUCAGAUGGUGAGGCAAGUAGUGGUGCAAGCUGUUAAGAAGUGCGCGGAAAGUUAAGGGAGCAGAAGACGAUCGGAGCAAAAGAGAGGUUUAGAAAACAGUAAUAAGAAAAUGAUAGCAGAUGACACAAAAGUUUUCUGUUAUUAUGGCUUCGAAGAUGUGCAACAAAUAAGAAACUCUUUUACUAUGGCAAAGACAGUGUGUGUGUGUGUAAUGCCAGAUUAUUAA